CCUUAAAUAUAAAACAAAGCAAAACACCCUCACAUUCUCCAUUCUUGAGUCCUUGUUACUAAGUGGUGUGAUCAUUUUCCCUGCUUCACAAAAAGUGGUAAGAAAAACCCACUUUUGUCUUUUUUAUGAUAAAGAGUAUUGUCCAAGUUUUCAGACUCUAAAAAUAUUUAACACCCACAUGAGCAAAAUGGACUUAAAAAGGUAUUGCUAGCCUUCUUAAAAACACCAGGCCAAAACAAAUCUUGUUACUUUUGUAAUUUGGUCACUUCAUGCAAGGCUUGGGCCACUUUAUGCAAGGCCUUGGGUAACUUUAUGCAAGGCUUGGGCCUUGCACAACUUUCACCAGAAUUAUUAAAAGGUUUGGAUCAUAGAACCCAGGGUAAAUUAUAGUGUGUGUCAUGAAGUUCACAGAUACACAGAAGUUUAGGGCUGGAAGGGACCUCAUGAGAUCAUUGGGUUCAGCAUGAUUAUUUAAAUAAGAAAACUUUGAGGCCUUGAGGAAUACAGUGAAAUGUUCUUGAGAAAGGUAACCCACAUGAUCUUCAGUUUAGUUUUACAUUUGUUGCCAGGAUUAGAAAGGUCGGCAGUAUUUCUGGUAUUUGUGUGGAAUUCUUCUGUACUUGCUCAUGCACCAGGUAAUGGAGAGUGGCCGUGGGCAGCGUGUUGGCUGCAGCAGAAAGAUUGUCUUGUGCAGACUGUGCUUUGCUAAUCAGAUGCAUACACUGUCCCGGGAAUGUUAAGCAGCAGUACUGUAAGCAGGGGUAAAAUCUGAGCGCUUGAGUAUAUUGUGCAUUUAACCUUCAGCCUAACCUUGCAGUCUGCUCUUGGCUGUCCCUUGGACAAGCUUUUAAAAUCUGCAUUUGCUCAUUAUCAAAGCAGACAGCCCAUGGAAACAGCAGCGUGCGCGUGUCACAUUUACACUACGGUUCAGAGGUUAUAAUGUUUUACAUGUAAGCUGGAAUAUACCACCACUCGCUGCGAGGGGAUAUUUUUAUUCAGACUCCUCUUUCCUCUUCAUUUCUCUGUGCCUUCCAAGUCAACCCAGUGCUGCUCAGCCUCUUGAUCUAUUUUGUUUGGGCGGGGGGGAGGUCUGUACCUCGUGUUUCACCAAGGGAAAAUGCUGCAGUAGCACGACGAGCUUUGUUUUUCCCUUCGCACUCUCUCGGCUCGGCAAGCCCGCCCAGCAAAGCUUCCUGGUGGGGUUUGCUGGCGGGGGAGGGGCAGCGCAGGCAGCGGCGGAAACCAGCCGGGGAGAUAAGAGUCCGCCCGGCCCCGCGCAGCAGUCUUCGCACUGCAGGGACGGAGCGGUGGCUGUCAGCAUGCCUCUGUGACAAGGGACUGGCACGCUCCAUUCUCAAUCUUUGUCAUCUUGUCAUAAUGAAUCCCACAAUGCCUUGGGCAAUCUGUCCACAGUCUGGUUGUCUCUGAAAAAAAAAAUGUGAGAGGUUGGUACUAAGAAGUGCCUUUCCUGACGUCUCUGCUGCUUGGAACCGCUUCUAGAGCAGUCUCUGCUUUUUGCCUUGCUUGCUGCCAGCUAGACUGCGACGACAGCACAUCCACCCUCCACCUAUAGCCCAGACACCCCCAUUUCUACUUAUAAUCAAGAGAAAAGCUCUGAGUAUCAGGCGCAUUGCCUUAGGCUGCUUUAGUGUAGAAAUAAAAAGUUUGCUGAAAAAGUAAGAUAUCUUCUGCCAGAAAAUCAAGGAGAGGAAAAAAUAUAAUUUCUCGAUUGUUGCUCUAAACUGCUGCAUCUGUCUAUGCCAAACUAAUCAAUACCGAUUGCACCACAAAACCCAAUUGCAAAUUCAGCUGUGUGUGGAGAUUACCUUUCAGACAACUUUACUGAAAGCAGCUUGGAAAUUCUGUGUCAAAGGGUCUGCCACGUUUUCAUGCUUGCAUUUUGGGCUCCAAAUUGGCACUCAGAAUGGGUUACUGAGAGCACAAGGCUAGUUCCAGGCCACACUUUUUAACGUUCAUCUUCCUUUUGAUCUUAGCAUUUCUUUAAGUACAAAACCUCUUUCAAUUAACAGUUUCAUGCUGUGAAUUUCUAGUGGCAAAUCUUUUCCUUGAUAUUGUGACAACACCAUUUUACAUGUACUUUUGAAGUAGGGAGCGGGGAAAAAAAAGAAAUAUUUUGGAGGUGACAUUUUCAUCAUUACCAGUCUAUCAGUUUGGCUGUUUGUUUAUUUGUUACAUUGAAAAAUUUUAACUACCUGUAAAAUCUAAAAAUGGCUGUUAGUGUCACACCGAUUCGGGACACAAAAUGGCUAACACUGGAAGUGUGUAGAGAGUUCCAAAGAGGGACUUGCUCACGACCAGACACGGAAUGUAAAUUUGCACAUCCAUCGAAAAGCUGCCAAGUUGAAAAUGGACGAGUAAUCGCCUGCUUUGAUUCAUUGAAAGGUCGAUGCUCAAGGGAAAACUGCAAAUAUCUUCACCCUCCCCCACACUUAAAAACACAGUUGGAGAUAAAUGGGCGCAAUAACCUGAUUCAGCAAAAGAAUAUGGCCAUGCUGGCCCAGCAAAUGCAACUAGCCAAUGCCAUGAUGCCUGGUGCCCCAUUGCAACCUGUGAACUUUAUGCCUCAGUCAUUCCAAAAAGGAGGGGGGGAGUGCAGUACAAGGUGGGAGGGAUCUCCAUAUUUUAUCGACACUGAUACCAAUUAUCAAUACAACCCAGUCAAGAACUCUUUCGCAUUAAGGGACAAAAUACUUGCAGAUGCAGUUUUUCUAUAUCACAACCCAAUGUUUUCAGUUGCACCAAGCUUAGCCACCAAUGCAUCAGCAGCCUUUAAUCCCUACCUGGGACCUGUCUCCCCGGGCUUGGUCCCAGCAGAGAUCCUGCCGACUGCACCGAUGCUGGUUGCAGGGAACCCAGGUGUCCCAGUUCCUGCAGCUGCAGCUGCUGCUGCACAGAAAUUAAUGAGGACAGACAGGCUGGAGGUAUGUCGAGAGUAUCAACGUGGCAAUUGUAACAGAGGAGAAAAUGAUUGCCGGUUUGCUCAUCCUGCCGACAGUGCAAUGAUCGAUACCAAUGACAACACAGUUACUGUCUGUAUGGAUUAUAUCAAAGGGAGAUGCUCACGGGAAAAGUGCAAAUACUUUCACCCUCCUGCACAUCUGCAAGCCAAGAUCAAGGCUGCCCAGUACCAGGUCAACCAAGCUGCAGCUGCCCAAGCAGCAGCGACUGCAGCUGCCAUGACUCAGUCGGCUGUCAAAUCACUGAAGCGACCCCUCGAGGCAACCUUUGACCUGGGAAUUCCUCAAGCUGUACUUCCCCCAUUACCAAAGAGGCCUGCGCUUGAAAAAACCAAUGGUGCCACCGCAGUCUUUAAUACUGGUAUUUUCCAGUACCAACAAGCUCUUGCCAACAUGCAGUUACAGCAGCAUACAGCCUUCCUCCCUCCGGGCUCAAUAUUGUGCAUGACACCCGCUACAAGUGUUGUUCCCAUGGUGCACGGUGCUACGCCAGCCACUGUGUCUGCAGCAACAACAUCUGCCACAAGUGUUCCCUUCGCUGCAACAGCCACAGCCAACCAGAUACCCAUAAUAUCUGCGGAACAUCUGACUAGCCACAAAUAUGUUACACAGAUGUAGACAUUUUGUCAUCAAACAAUCAUACUAAAGAGAAAGAGGACAGUGUGCUUGGGUAAAGGAAAGGACAAGAUCAUUAGCCAUAAUGUAUAUACCGUCAAGAAACACACCGAAACUCCCUCAGCAGUAAGACGUCCACACAUUGCAUGUUAACAAGAAGAAACAAGAACUUGGAAAUCCACUGCACACUGUUGCCUAUAUACUUUGUACAUUGAAUUGAUAUUUGUGCUGAGGUGAUCUUAUUGUCUAAAACUACAACAUUGUCUAUCUUUUCUAGCACAGAAGUAUGCAUAUAUAUAUUUAGAUAUGCAUAUGUAGUCUAUUUCCUACAUACUCAUGUAAGUCAUCUUGAAAAGACAGACUAUGAUGUAAUCAUAAAUCUAUUAUGUAUUGGUACGUCUGUAGACCAAGAUAUAAUUUUUUUAAGUAAGUUUAUUUCUUUCAAGGUUUACAAAUAACAAAGGUGCACCUUGUAUUUAAAAUUGCCAUUAUAGAUGAGAGCGUGCAUGCACAGUAAUUUUUGUUUAAGAGUAAUAUUUUUAAUGUAAUAGAUUGUAAGAAGUGGUAAGAGAGGUAUCUGACAGAGAUGAAUGUGCCAAGCAAAACCACAACUGUGUAUAUUUUAAAGCACAUCAAUGGCUUUAAGUACCAUGUUGUAAAGGAUUCUCAUGAAGUGCCAUAGACUGUACAUCAAAUUAGAGUAUUAUUUCUGCAGUGUUAUUUUUCAGAGCCACAUUUUUGCUUAUUUUGUUAGUACUGAUCAGUCAAAGGGCACCAUUCUGUUUCAAAACCAAAGUUGUCUCAGAAAUGGCCAAUUCUACCUUACAUAACAGUAGACAGCACAAGAAAGGUAUUUUAUCGAUACAAAUUAACUUAACACAUACUGGACAUAUACACAUAUAUAAACUAUUUUAAGACAUUGUAAUGUAAUAUUUAUGCAUAUUAUACCAUAUAACACGAUAUACAAAAGGGAAAAGCCAUUUCUGAGACACAAUAACAAACGUUUGAGGAACUUAUUUUGCUUCUAUUUAUAGCCUCUGUCAAAAGUCAAAAGACUAUAAAUGCUUUGCAGAGAUGGGUUUCACUUUUGCUUAAAUGCUUCAUCAAAGUCACGCUUCAAAACGGUGACUCUAAACAAAGAAGAAAGAAGCACUGACAUCAGCCGCAUGACAAACCAAAAUAUGAAAAAAAUGGAGAUGUUAAUUAGUGUAGAAAUUGGGUGGGUUAAAUACUUGGGUGAGUUUUAUAUGUGAUUUUUUUUUUGUUCAGAUUAACUGCUUAUAGCCUUAGAAAGCCUUUACAAAAUAAAAUAAAAAAUAGAUGUGCAUUCAAGUUUUUAAGAAUGGAUUCAUCCAAAGGAAUUCCUUUUUGUGGUUUGGAUGUUGCAGCUAGUAAAGGAUAUUUUUGCUCUGUUCAGCAAACUGCUGAAGUGGGGGCCAGGUCACUGGUAGUAUAGUGUGGAGUGGAAGAAGUGAGAGUUCAGUUCUAGAACUUUCCAUACUUCCAAGUUUACUGCAAGUUUUUAUGCUUGAGAGAGAUGCUUUCUAGUAUAAGAAUGAUGUGUUGAUUUUACUGAUUGUACUGUACAUCUAUUAAAGCCUUAGAUUAUUACAUUACGGGUUAAAACCCAUACCAAUGUAAUUUCAAUCGUGUUAAGAAAGUAUAGGUGACUUCACAUGUUAUUGUAGUUACUUACAUUAUAGAAUAUUACUUAUUUUUCUUGUUAAAAAUGUAGUUUUUAUUUCUUACAUUUAUUAGAUUGUUUUCAUUUUCUAUUACCAGUUGAAUACUGUUUCAGUUUAUAGAAUUUUGUUUUAUUAGAUUUUACUGAUGACUUUUCCAAAAUACAAAAAAAAUAAAUAAAAAUGUAGGUUUUUUUUCUUCAUAACAUACUCAGUUUUGAAUUUACAUGUAGUGUCAUAUGAGUAUUCGUAUUGUUAACUAAAUGAUUUAUAUUUUACUGAUUUAAUAUUACAAUGUAAGAAUGUCAGUCAUUGUUAGUUCUUGUCUAGUUUUCAUUAAAAGAACAAAGAUCUUUUAUAUGGAUAUCUUAUAAUUAUAUAAUCAUUGCUAAGUAAGAAGUUAAGUUGUUGCUAUCGCAACAAUCCUGGCAGACAAUUGAGUAAUAUUUUGAUGAUUUAUUUUGUUUGUAAUUAGUUAUUAUAAGAAAAUCUAGUUCCUAGAUAUUAGAAUAAAAUUUAUUUUCUACUGUAUCCAUUUCAAAUGUUAAAAUAUUGUUUAAAUAUUUUUUGAAAUCCCUGAAUAUCAGGCCUUGUUAUAAAUAAGCUGCAUAAUCAAUAGAUCAAGGGACUUUUUGUUUUGAUAAUCCAAAUACUCAAAGUUUACGUAACAAGAAUUAUAGCGUGUGUGCAAACUCUUGAGGGUUGAUUAUGCUGCAGUUUAGCAUGUGGGAACGUAUAGAGAGAAGGUUGACUUUUUGCACUUCUGUAUAUAGUCAAAAAAGAGAGAAACCUGUAUAAUAGUAAGAUCUUAUUUUGAAUAAAAAUGUCUAUAAUUACAAGGAGUUUUGUUAAGGCUAAUAAAAAUGACAGGCUGAACAAAAUUGCUUGCAAAAGUGGCACAGAGUUAGCACUCCAUACCCCUUCAAAAAGUUGCUUUGCUUUAUGUGGACAGCUUGUAGUUUGCCAGGAUUUUUUCAGCUGGAAAGAUAUGCCAUCCUUCCAAGAUCUCAUGACUGACAAAAAUUCCACUGGGUCAAAUCUGCCUGAAAAUCAUUA